CGUAGUCUGUUAGGAGAAUUGCCGCAGCUUGCGCCAGAGGCGUAAGCGCCGGGACUUUGCUCCUGUCCCGCCGCCAUGGCCGCCCCGGGGCCGGCACGGCUCCUCCGUGCCGCCGCCGCCGCUUCUUCCCGCCGAUGGCUCUUUUCCGCCUCGCCGGCAGCCGCGACCAGGCCAGGCUGCGGCACUGUGAGGGCAGCGCGGCUCUUCGGCCUCUCUUCCCGGGCGGCGCUCAGCUCAGACGAUAAAAUAACUGUUCAUUUCAUAAACCGUGAUGGUGAGAAACUAACAGCCAAAGGAAAACCUGGGGAUUCACUGCUGGAUGUUGUGGUUGAUAAUAAUCUAGAUAUAGAUGGUUUUGGUGCAUGUGAAGGAACGCUAGCGUGUUCAACUUGUCAUUUAAUCUUUGAAGACCACGUAUUUGAGAAACUAGAUGCAAUUACUGAUGAAGAGAUGGACAUGCUGGACCUGGCAUAUGGCCUCACAGAAACAUCACGUUUAGGCUGCCAAAUCUGCUUGAAGAAAUCAAUGGAUAAUAUGACUGUUCGAGUACCAGAAGCUGUUGCUGAUGUUAGACAAUCAGUAGAUAUGAGUAAAAACUCCUAAAAGAAAAUAUCUUAGGGGUUUUAAUGAAGCUUAAUUAUUUUUAUAACUUAUUUUUAAAUGUGUAAUUAAAUACGGAAACUUACAUAAUUGUGAGUUAUUUUAUAUGACUAUCAAUAUUAGAUUAAUGCUAUUUUAAUUUUCUUUAUAGAACCUCCUAUAUUUUUAUGCUUAAAAUGCAAUAAUACUUCUUAUAACUGAUCAUUGGGUUAUAAACAUUAGCAAAUGUGUUAUGAACGGUUUUCAUAUAAUGUUAUUCUGCCAAAAUCUUUAAUGAUGUUUGAAAACUGAAUCACUUCUACAAAACUUCUCCUAAAAACCUCUGGGUGUUUCUAGGUUCCAGACCUGGAUGUGUUAGAGAACAGAAGUUGUAAGACUGCAUGGGGUCUUUUUGAAGUGUUGCUGUUGAAGAUGGUGCUCUCAGAGCCAAUCGGCUUCCUCAGUAAAUCUGGUACUUCCUCAGUUAAUUGUGGAUUUUCAGGGUAGGGAUUUUCCAAACUUUUGCAAUCUUAAUGAGAUGAGGCAAAUUUUGUCUUGCGAAAACACAAACCCAUGAAAUCUAGGGACUGAUAUGGAAUGUUUGCACCAGCAGCUUAAUUGCUGCGGUGCAUCUCUGUUGCCCAAACAGAAGUCAGCAAAUCUCAGUUUAACUAUAUUUACAUUUGACUGCAUCACCAAUGCAGGAAUAUGCAUGGCUUAGAGUAAAGCCUUGGAGCUGGCUAAUGGGAGAGUGUAUCCACUGGAGGUAAUUGUGAGUUCUUGCAGUUCUCUGAGUAUGGCUGAAUUGGGACUGAAGAAGGCAAUAUUUGUGAACAUGAGAUUUGUUCUGAGAUAUUUGUCUUACUCUUUCAGUUUUGAGCUUGUUCAGGCAGCAGUCUGAUGUUAGCCAGGCCGUCCAGCGUAAAGAGAAUCCUGGAUUCUGAGCCGUGCUCCCAGGAUCAUUUUGAUAAUGGUUGAUGUGAAAUGACCAAAUGUAUUUGUUUUGUAAAGAUGCACUGGGUUCCCCAGCGGGGGCAGGGAGACGCCCAUGGUGCUGUAGCAUGGGGAGUGGUGACGAGGAAGGAGUAUUCAGUUGGAUCUUGCUUUAGCCUUUCUGAAGUAGGCAAAAAUUAAAUAAAAUCUCUAAGACUAUUAUUCUCUCCAGUUAUUGUUGCCUAAAUAUGUAAAUGAAGUGGCUCUCACUAAUACAACAGUUGUUACUAUUAUACUUUUUGGUUUGGACUUAUUUUUAUGUAUAUAACCAGUUUCUUUACAUUUGAAUGCUCUAAUGCAUUCAUCAAUGCCUUAUUUGAACUGGUGACAAUGACAUCUAGGCAUUUUUCAAUAUUAUAUUUAUGAGAGUGUUAAAAAAUGAUUACUUUUCCAGUGUCAAAUAUUUGAGUUAUUUUGGGCUUCAUAAAGGAAACCCCCUCCCUUUUUGUUAGUUCUAGAAUAUAUUUCUUUUUAUGUUGAAUUGAAUAUAGAUCUAGUUCAGAUGCCUUGAUUUCCUCUCUGAGUAACUAUUUCUUUAUUUCAUGGUGUUUCCUUUGGCCUUUCCACUAGAACGACGCAUGCUUAAUGUGGUCUGCUCAGCUUGUUUAAUCAUAUAAGAGUUUCAAAAUACAAUUCCCAUCUCAUUUAAUUCAAAAUACGACUUCAGAAUUGAAAUUCCCUGACUUUUUGAAAGACUGAGCAAGGUCAGGGAGAAGGGUGGAAAUAAACUGAAGGCAUGUUCUGAAGAUACGGCUAUCUUGCUCUUCGACUAUAACCAUAAUCUAGAGUUUACCCUCCCACAGGCAAGCCCAGAGGUAAAUCAGCUCUCACUUUCUCUUGCUUUUGUCCAGAGCUCAUUUAUAUACAGUAAUUAUUAUUACAUCUUGAAUUAUUAUUUUUUGCAAGGGGCAUGGCUCUUUAGCUUCCAAGAGAGGGAACUCAGGUCGUAACCAGGUGUACUGUGGAUUCUUACAGAGGAAAGAAAUCCAAGGUCUCAGUAUGGUUGUGGUGUUUGGAUCUAGAUGUUGGUGUUUGUAGCGUUUGGGAUUUUCUUGGUUUUUUUUGUUUUGUGUUUGUUUUUUUCACUUGCACACCAGGCACUUCUUGUGAGAAUCCUGAAAUGCUUAACACUGUCUUAAAUGCGAAAGAGCUCACACGUGAGUUUUAUUUCUAAGCCAAGGUUGUUUCAUUGUGCAUUUCUUGUGCCAGCUUUUCCUUACAAAGACUUUGAUGGUCUUACGGUGUGCCUGUGAAAGGAAUUGUUCAGUACAGCAAUGCAAAAAAGGACACUUCAAAGUUCAUUUUGAAUUCUGGAGGUAUCUCAUACUGCAUGCAAAUGGAAAUCUCCAAAGGUGAAGAAAUUAAUUGUAUAAUCCCCAAAACACACAGCUCAGAGAGCUACUUGUUUCCUUAUUGUCCAAACAAUUUGCAAAUAAAUCUUAUUUUAUAUCACUUUCUGA